AUGUUUCUAACGAAUAUACUAUUAAAAAAAGCAAAGAGCAAAAAUGUCUUGGUUUUGGCAGAAAGUGUCAUAAGUGGUCACAGGUUGGUACGUAUUAGAGAAAGGUUGGCUGACAAGUUGGAAUUUAUAUAUUUCGAUCCUUAUAUUCAACAGAAUGCACUUUAUAAAGAAAAGAAAAAAUUACAUAAUUUGUAAUUUAUAAAUAUUACAGUAAACAAAACUUGUUUAAAAAUUUUCUGUCAGAGAGAAAAACAUGGAAAAGAAUAUCUCAAGUACAUUCAGAUAAUAGAAUUUUUAUUUAUCAUAAAACAUAAUGUAUUUAGUCUUUUAUGUAUAUUAACAACGUACAUAUUUAUCUAAUUUUUUAUUUUAUAAGUCUAAAUUUAAUGUGUUGUAGAAAUACAAUAAAAAUAAUAAAAGAAAAAGAGAUACUGAUAAUAUAAAAUAAA